AUGGAUUCACCUGCUGCCAGUAGCUGCAUGAGAAAUCCUCAUCCAACCACUGCACUCUGGGGGUGCCUGCGCAACCAUUAUGCUGAGUCUGGAGGUACUGUUGGGCCGCACCAUUACCCACAAGCCCCCUUUGCAUUCCAUCACAAGCCAGACUUUGCUGCUUAUUCGGACUUUUCCACCUCCUGCCUGGCUGCAGCCCCUCAAAGCCUGCCCCGGGACGAACAGGCUUUUGAAGAGCAUCAGCACUCCUUUCAGCGCCAGCUCCCUGCCUGGCCUUUUACCACGUCUGAAGGCCGAAGGCGGCUGCCCGCAGACUUGGCUUUAGGAUUAGGACAGCCUGACAGCAGCAGCCCAAACGUGGUGGACAAUGGCAUGAGCGAGGAUUAUAUCCAGGCAGGGAAUGCAGUGAGCGAAGCGGAGAAAAAAACAUCCAGAAGGAAACGGGGAAACGCAGAGAGCCAGGACACAGGUGGUGGGAGUGCCAUCCCGAGUACCACGAAAGCAGAAACCAACAGUGCCAAGACGCGGAAAGAGCGCACAGCCUUCACAAAGGACCAGCUGCGGGAGCUGGAGGCAGAAUUUGCACACCACAACUACCUGACACGGCUCCGCAGAUAUGAGAUUGCAGUGAACCUUGACUUGACAGAAAGACAGGUCAAAGUCUGGUUUCAGAACCGCAGGAUGAAGUGGAAGCGCGUCAAAGGUGGACAGCCAGCAUCGCCCCAGGACCAUGUCAUGGAGGAUGUGGACUCUGCUCCUUCCCCAAGUUCAGAAUAA